UGCAUUGCUGGACUCAGGAACACACGUGAAAGUGUACAGGUCGAGCUUUGAAAGCAUGUCCGCAUCGCUGCUCAGGAAAGGGCUGGAUUUAUUGGCUUCAGAUACCAGCGCUAAAUAUUCAGGAAAAAAGAAAGGUUCUACUAGCCAUCAGGAUGUGCCUCUAAGCAGCCGCAAAACAGGAGUUAGAAAACAGCUGAAACGAAUGAGACGGCAAGGCCUCCAACAGAAAGAAAAAGCAACAGCCAAAGACAGAGUUAUCAAAUCUGCUUUAGAGGAAUUUAAGAAGAAGAGUACAACGGAUCAUCUGUCAAAGAACAUGAAAUAUUUCCUUGGCUCCCACAAUGUAGCCAAUAAGGACGUUGUGGAGAAGAUUUUGACCCAGAAUCGUGGACGCAAAUCAAGGGACCAGGUCGUGAAGCAAAAGAAGAAAACACAAAAAGAGAAAUCGGUGUUCUCUGAGAAAGACUUCAAGCGCUUUGAAAAGGAAUACUUUGGGAAAAAAUUAAGCUGAGCUUGAAAAUGAGUACUUAACUAGACUUCCUAUUUUGACGGUUGAUACAUUACAAUUCUCCAUAAAAACCAUCAGUGCAUUUGAUGUGCUACAUUCCACUUUGCUGAAAAAAAAUCAUUCAUAGUUUUAAGGCAAUAGGUUACUGGUAGAGCCUGUGGAGGAUGAAGAUUUUUUUUUUUUACAGUUGCCAUACAGUUUCCUUGUAAACUACGUGUUGCUAAUAAAACGUACCUUGGACUCUUGU